AUGCGCUUUAUGCCCCUCCACACGCUUCUUCUACCGAUCGUCGCCGUCCACGCUGCCGCUCGGCCGGAUACGCUCCCAUGGCAUCCAUCCCUUACGACGACACUCUGUGCAAGGCCGGCUUCGACACCGGACGCUGGAUCUUCUUUGCCCACGCAAACAACCGAUGCAAUGGUCCUGGAGAACAUCGAUCUCCGUCAGGUACCAGGCGUCGCGCCCGCAGCUCCUGCACCCGCAAACCCAGCAGUGCCCAAUGCAAACCCCGCCGUCCCCGCGAAUCCCGCAAACCCUGCCGUCAUCAAUCCUGCCGUCCCAGCAAACCCAGUUGCCCCUAUUAACCCCGCAGUCCCCGUCCCUCCAGCCGCGGUCCUCACAACCACAACCCCCCUCGCAACCCCGACCACCGCCGCCAGUGUCCCCGCCGGCGUAGCAUUCGACUCUAUAACCGUGCAAUGGGUCGAGACCUGGCUCGGCGGGACAUCGCAAACCUGGGUGCCGAAGACGAUUACUUUUCACUUUCCGGCGUAUGUGACGCAGGCUGCGCAGCCGGGGAUGGGGGAAGUGGGCCUGGGCAGCUUGACGGGCAGGACGGGGUUUACUAAGACUGUUGUUGUGGGAGGUGCGGCGAGGGCUACGGCGGCGAGUGAGGUGGGGAAGGCGUGGGCUGUUGCUGCAGUUGGGGCGGGCGUUGGACUGAUAGGGGUGUUGUGAUGGGGAAGGUCUUGGAUAGGUAUACUUGCGGACAGGGUUUGAGGGUGCACUCGGAUACGCACUUCAAGGGGUUCAUUUGUGGUGGGGGACGAAGCAGGGAAUGGGUAUGAGGAUUGUAUGAUGAAUGAUGCGAGGAGAUAGGGAGGACAUGUGUUGCAGUAUACCCGAUUGCAGUUGGAUGGAACGAAUAUCCUAAUGUUUUGGUCAAUGGACGACAUGCUAGAUCCACGGCAUACUAGUGUUAAUCGAUAGAAAGAGU